AUGUACUGGACUUUCAGCUGCGUCAUCCCGUUCUUGAUACUGGACAACGCCGGAGGCCACGGCUACCAUUUCAUAACGCGCGGACAUAAACUCUGGACCUGCAUCUUCCCCGGGAUGAACCUGCACUGGGGAUUUCGUGUCCUUAACCGCUUCGAGAAAUUUGUGGACAGCGGUGCCAACUGGAGCAACUUCUACGACCCCAAAGAGACGCCUGACAACGUGACGCUGUUUGAGAUUGCGACGGUUGGGUUUCUGUCCGAUGUCUUAAUUAUCGUGCUAGUGUGGUACCUCGACAACGUGCUGCCCAUCGGUCCCGGUAUUUCAAAACCUGUCGGCUACCCUUUCAUGAAGAGCUACUGGUUUCCGGGCAUGACGUCCUUGAAAGCUGUCGACAAAACGGACGAGGAGAAACUCAACUUUGAGACCGAGCCUAAAAACCAGGUGGUCGCCAUCGAACUCUUACAGGUUAACAAGAAUUACAAGGACACGGUGGCUGUUUCCAACUGUAACAUGCGCGUUUUCGAGGGUCAAAUUACUGUGCUUCUGGGUCACAACGGUGCUGGCAAGACUACUACUCUCAACAUAAUCACUGGGUAUAUCGGCGCGACUUCUGGCACAAUACUGGUUGGAGGGUACGAUAUCCUCAACGCUACCCGUGAUGCCCGCAAAAGCGUAGGCUACUGUGCCCAACACAACAUCUUCUAUAGAGACCUCACCGUCGAGGAGCAUCUGCUUUUCUUCGCGGCAGGGAACUCGGGCAUAAAAAGGAAUGGCGUCUACGCGCAGCUUGUCGUUCUCGACGAGCCCACAGCCAACAUGGAUCCAGACGCCCGGCGCGAGAUGUGGGAAUUGCUGCUCAAGGUCCGACGGCAGAGUGCCGUCCUUAUCACUACUCAGCAUAUGGACGAGGCAGACGUCCUGGGCGACCGCAUCGCUAUCAUGGCCAACGGCCGCAUCCGGUGCAUGGGCUCCCCAGCCUUCCUCAAGCAGCGCUUCGGCACGGGUUAUCACAUGCAAGUGAACAAGGCGGCCUUUUGCAACGUGUCCGCCAUCGAGUCCCUGCUCCGCAAGUACGCGCCCCGGGCACAUCUGCAGAGCGACUCGGACAACGAGGCUGUGUUUGUGCUGGGGCAGAUCGUGACCACCAGGCACACCAUCGCCAUGUUCAGAGACCUGGAGCAGGGGAAGGACAAGUUGGGUAUCGAGUCUCUGGGGCUGACUGUGACCACGCUUGAGGAUGUGCUUAUGCGCGUGGGAGAGGAGCAUCACUUCCGCCGCCAUCACAUGCACUCAGACUUCGACGACGAGAACGAGUUCAUCGAGGCCAGAGGUAAAAGUGGUUUUGUCCAGCACGAGACCCAGUCUGCAUUCAUGGAGAAGUACCUCGGGCCCGUCCUCGUCGAACAAAGCUUUAAGACAGACGACAUUCCGGCGGACUACAAUAUUGCGCAAUACUUACUCGGCAUCGCUCAGCACUCUCUGCGUCACUACAUCUUCGACAUUCACGCCGGGUUCCAGAUGACCAAGCAAAAAGGGACACUACUCUGGUACAACGGCGAAGGCCCCCACGCGGGACUUUUGGCGCUCAGCGCGUUCAACACAGCGCGGCUGCGCAACCUAACCCAGAACCCGACAGCGACCAUGGUGUUCAGCGUCAAGGCCCACCCAUCCGUCAAGAAAGACGAAAACGAACUCGUGAAGCAGCAGAACACGUACCGUGAGGUCAUGCCCAAGGUGUUGCGCUCCAUCUUCUUUCCCAUGGUGUCCAGCCUCAUGUGCAGUAACUUCGUCAUCUAUCCCGUCAUAGAGAGGAUGACUCAGGUGAAGCACCUGCACUUUAUGAACGGCGUGAGCAGCUUGUUGUACUGGUCGGCCAACUUCUUCUGGGACUUCAUGUUCUACCUGGGCACGGCGCUCUUUGUGCUGCCUCCCUUGCUCUCACAGCUCGACUACCUCGUGGGCAUCGACACUCCGUUCCUGGGCUGCCUGGGGACGGUGUUCGUAGAACACUUCGCGUACACCAUCAACGCUCCCCUGGUCAUGGUGGCACUCGAAGUGAUGCUGCAGGCGAUGCUGCUCGUGCCUUCCUUCUCCUACUCCCGGGGCAUGACCAAGAUCCUGGAGCUGAGCAGCGAGAACAAGAUAUGCCGCACGGGCGGCGUGAACCUCGAGCGCGUCUGCCACACGCACGCCGUCGACUUCAAGUUAUCGCUCAAACUAUGCUGCGAAGUGCCCAAAGGCCAGCGUCCCGAGGACGCCACGAUCCAGGCCCUGUCGGUGCACCCGUACUCGGCCUUCUACGAGGCGACCACGCUGGCCGUCGAGGGACUCGUCCUCUUCCUCGUGCUCAUGUUCGUCGAGUCCCGCUGGGCGUACCGCGUAGAGAGACUGCUCAGCGCGCCCCAAGAAAACGUCCGAGCCACCGCAACGCCAAAGUUGAUCGCCUCCCCCACCAAGGUGAUGCUUGAGGACUCCGAUGCCGUGCGAGAAAACGCCUUGGUCGACACCCUGAGCGGAUCUGUUGGUCGAGACGCCAGACCGCUCGGGCCAGACCAGAGACCCGCCAUGGUUGUGAGCCGCCUGACGAAGGCGUACGGCUGGUGGCAGAAGAAGCCCGUGCUUCAGGGCCUCAGCUUCGUCCUGCGGACCGGGGAGUGCUUCGGCCUGCUGGGCGUCAACGGGGCCGGAAAGACGACCACCUUCAGGAUCCUCACGGGCGACGUCUUGCCCGCCGACGGAGACGUCUUCCUCGACGGCUUUUCGAUCGUUCGGCAGACCAGACUCGUCCAAGCACACUUGGGUUACUGCCCGCAACGAGACGGCCUCGUGGACGAGCUGACGGGCACAGAGACGCUGAUUCUUCACUCGCGGUUGAAGGGCGUCGCCAACGACGCUGACUACCUGGAAGUGCUGUUCGAGAUCUUUGACCUUGCAGACAUCGCCGGCAACCUGGUGGGCACUUACAGCGCAGGCAACAAACGCAAGCUGUCGCUCUGCCUGGCCAUGGUCGGCAUGCCCAGGGUGCUACUGCUAGACGAGCCCUACGCAGGCAUCGGCACGACGGCGCGCAAGAGGGUCAUCAACUACAUCACCGCCCUGCAGAGAACGGCCAAGAUGUCCAUCGUGCUUACCUCGCACAGCCUGACGGACGUGGAGUUCCUGUGCAACCGGAUAGCCAUCCUGGGGAGCGGCAGGCUGCAGUGCCUGGGCUCGCUGCCGCACCUGAAGCAGAAGUUUGGCAAGGGUGUCACCAUCACCGUCAAGACGUACCCGGACAAAAAGCAGGACUUCGUGUACCAGAAGGGCGUGCUGACGGCCGUCAAGAUGGACUUCCCCAAGGCUCAGUUGGCGCACAGUUACGAGGGCCUGUUGGAGUUUCGCAUGACCCAAGUGAGCAUGCUGUGGAGCGAGAUGUUCACUCUUAUGGGCAAGAUCAAAAGGAAGUUCAAGUUGCAGGACUUCUUCAUCACGGACACAUCGCUGGAGCACAUCUACCGGAGCUUCACACGCAACGAGACCAGCAUGGCAGCGGCUCUGGCAGAGGUCCGGUAGACCAGCGAGACCUUCUGAACGUCU